CGGAGGCUGGCGUCCCGGGCUGGGAGGCCGGGGCAGCGUGGAGGCAGAGGCGCCGGGGCGCAGGAGUCGGGCGGGGGCGGCUCCCAUGAAGCGUACGCGUGGCGGCUCAGUCCCCAGGCCCAGGUGAGACAGCACCAUGGGGCAGGCGGGCUGCAAGGGGCUCUAUCAGUCGCUGUUCGACUACAAGACCGAGAAGUAUGUCAUCGCCAAGAACAAGAAGGUGGGCCUGCUCUACCGGCUGCUGCAGGUCUCCAUCCUGACCUACCUGGUGGUGUGGGUGUUCCUGUUGAAGAAGGGUUACCAAGACACGGACACCUCCCUGCAGAGCAGCAUCAUCACCAAAGUCAAGGGUGUGACCUUCACCAACACUUCGGAGCUGGGGGAGCGGCUCUGGGAUGUUGCUGACUAUGUCAUCCCCCCCCAGGGAGAGAAUGUCUUCUUCGUCAUCACCAACCUGAUUGUGACCCCCAACCAGCGGCAGGAAACCUGUGCAGAGAGCGACAGCAUUUCCGACGCCUUGUGCUAUGAGGACAGCGACUGCCCUCCUGGGAAGCCUGUCAUGACUGGAAAUGGAGUGAGGACCGGCCGCUGCCUGCGGGUGGAGAACAUGACAAGGGGAACCUGUGAAAUCUUUGCCUGGUGCCCAGUGGAGACAAAGUCCAGGCCAGAGAAGCCACUCCUGGGCAAGGCUGAAGACUUUACCAUUUACAUAAAGAACUUCAUUCGUUUUCCCAAAUUCAACUUCUUCAAGACCAAUGUGCUGGACACCAAAGACCUGAAGUACCUGAAGUCCUGUCACUUUGGCCCCAAGGACCCCUACUGCCCCAUCUUCCGACUGGGAUCUGUGGUCAAAUGGACGGGAAGCAACUUCCAGGAGAUAGCGCUGCAGGGCGGUGUGAUAGGGAUCCAGAUCGAGUGGGACUGUGACCUUGACAAAGCCCCUUCUGAAUGCAACCCUCGCUAUUAUUUCAGCCGCCUGGACAGCAGAUUUCCAGGGAACUCUGUCUCUUCUGGGUAUAACUUCAGGUUUGCCAAAUAUUACCGUGAUGGAGCUGGGGUGGAGUUCCGCACCCUGAUGAAAGCCUACGGGAUCCGCUUUGAUGUCAUGGCAGGGAAGUUCAGCAUCAUCCCCACAGUCAUCAACGUGGGCUCAGGGGUGGCGCUCAUGGGUGUUGGGUCUUUCCUCUGUGACCUGGUACUCAUCUACCUCAUCAAAAAGAGCCACUUUUACCGCAACAAGAAAUUCGAGGAAGUAAGAUCUGGCCACCCGGUGGCAGCGAACGGAAAGGCAAAUGUGGAGCAGCUGCAGAACCUGCAGACAGUGGAGGCAUAGCCAGAGACAUGGGCUGAGAGUGGAUUUGGUGAAGACGCCUGGGUAGAACCUCCGGCAUCUCUGAACUGGAACAGCUCCAAACUGGAAUGGCCUCUUGUCUGCGCCUGUGCGGGACGGGGGCUUCCAGACACCACCACCUCUCCUGCAUGUUUGGAUCUUCCUGCAAGCAUUUUGUUGUGUGUGUGGGGAGGGGAGCCUCGCAGUGGCCAGCGUGGCUCAGAUCUAGAAGAGGAGACCCUGGAGAGGGAAGGGGGCUGGCCAGGGUGUCACUGAUAUAAGAGCAUUUUCCUUUUUUCUGAGAACCUAGCUGGACAUUCAUUCACUCAAUAUUCAUACAUGCAGUAAACAUUUUUUUUUGCUGUGGGCUGGGCCCUGUCUAAGAGAUGCUCAAAUGUGAUGCUGACCUGGCCCCCAGGGAGGGGCACACACUUGUCAUUCCUUUCAGAGACAACCUACAUCACAGCCAGGCUUGGCCACUUGGGCCUUCCUCCAGCCUCUAGGUGAGACUUGCACAAAUUCCUGUAGAACACGAUGGCUCCUCAGAGAAAGACCUCUGCCCCCAGGGAUUCAGUUUAAAUGUGGCCAAGGGGGGGCAACCAGGAGAGGACUGAACACUUCAGGAGGCAGCUGGCCCUUGAGGGGACAGGCAGCCUCUGAAGGCUUCUGGGUAAGGUAGGGAAGGGGAGGCAGGGGCCUCUGCUCCAGCCUGGGGAGGCUCUGGGCACAGCAGCUCAUCCACAUGGGUGAUUGUUGCCUGUGAUUUGGUUCUAGCUGUUCUGUGGGGUUGGGUGUCUCUGCCCAGCUUUCCUCCCUCUCUCCUCAAAGGCUGGCUGGGUUUGCAGGGCUAAUGACAUGGUGCUCACUUGGCAGGUGGAAACCCUUACCAGGGGUCCCUCCGCCUCACCCCUGCCCCUCGUUCCCCCCCUCCUCCACCACAGCUGCACCCUGCAGAACUCUGCUGCUUCCCUCCCCCGAUGGCUGUAGAGCUUCAUUAUCCCAAGUGUGGUCCCAGGACCGGCCGCAUCACGCCACCUGGGAGCUUGUUAGAUGGGCGGUCUCCGGUCCCUCCCUUCCUCCUAAGUCGGAACCUGUGUUUCAACAACGCUCCCCAGUCGUUCAUGUGCCCUGUACAUUUUGAGAGGCCCUGGUUGAGGAGAGCUGCAAAACCCGGUUCUGAGGGAGGGAAGAGCCAGCUUCGGUGGGCGGUGCUGAUUUCUAGGUCAGACUCACACACAUUCUACCUGGAGGUUGGCAGGAUGCCCCUCCCUGCUCCAGGGAAAGGAGCAUCACAGUCCAUUUAAAUUCAAGUGUUUGAACUAGAUUAUACAUGAUUCAAAAUCUGAAAGGUACAAAAGAAUAGAGUGGACGCUUCCCUCCCAGUCCUGUUCUCAAGGCAACCUGUGUUUCCAGUUCCAAGAGGCUCCCUUGUUUUCAAGCAGAUAAUGCACUUGGUCCCUUGUGUCCUCCCUCAGGAAAUGAGCGUUCCCUCACGCGUGCAGCGUCAGGCCUCGGCUCCUCUGUCAGGGAGGAACACGACGGAGCAGCUUCAAUACCAUGCUGGGAGGCAGCUGGCGCGCUUCCCCUCUCCCAGGUCUGAGAAGCCCCUGUGCAAACUGAAGGGGAGACACCGAGAACUCAUCACCUUGCGGCAGCAAAGGCCACCAGGGCUGUGUUUGCACAGCUGCUGGCCCCUAGUUGGCGUCCUCUUUGGAAGUGAUCUCUGGGCCUUCCUCCUGUUUGGGGGGGGGGGUGGGGCUGGCUCUUCUCUGCACACAGAGGAGAAGGUAAGCUUCCUUCUUGUGGGGCCUUUGGAGAGGGUCAGCAGGGUCUGAACGAAGGUUUCUGGAGCAGGCAGCUCCCUCCCUCUGGGCUGCCGGGUAACCAGUCCGCAAGCCCACCUGCUCUCUGCAUGGAAAGUGAACAACCUGGGCCAUCCAUGACGGUGCUUUGCUUCAUCACUAAAGCAAACCCUUGGACAGAGUACUGCAGCACGUUUUAUGUUUGGGAGGAAGUGAAAAAGGUCAAGUUGCUCAGGAAGUUGUCUGGUUGCUCUUAACCUGUUUUUGGAAUUGCCUGCCAACAGCCAUAAAACCUAAAAACAGUUGUGCUAUUUAUUUUAUAUUGGAAUGAAAUGUCUUCCUACACUAUUCAGUCAGUAAAGAUUUACUGAAUACCUAUUGUGUCAAGUGUUGGAUUAAAUGCUGGUGAUACAGUGGCAAGCAACACGGGAACAGUCCCUGCCCCAGGGCUUCCAGCCCCGGGGGGCUGAAUCUUAACCAGCAGUCACACAGGUCACCACAGCCCAAACUGUGUUUUCAGUGGAGUAGCCAGUGGAAGUUUCCUUCAGAAAGUGACAUAGAAAUUGAAAUCUGGAAGGUCAGUAGCAGUCUAACCAGGUGAUGGAGGAAGCAUCCCAGGUAAGGGAAGCACACCUGGAAAAGCCCCUUGAAGAGAAGGGGCAACGGAGGAAAUGGAUGACGACAGUGCGACUGGAGCUGUGAGGCUUUCCUCCACCUACGCUACUUUUUUCCUCACUGAUUUUAGAGUGAGUCGGAGGGGCAGAGGGCGGGGCAGGGAGGGAGACAUCGAAACAUAGGCCAGGGGAAUCGAACUCAAAACACUGGCUCAUCCGGAGGAUGCUCUAACAGUUAGUUGGUUGGAGUCUCAUCAAGUAAGCUACCUGGCCAGGGCUCUUUUUAUCAACUUUAAGUAAGGGUUGUCCCACUAAACUUCACUCACUGCCUUGGAGGACUUGCUCAAUCUAAACUGUUUCUUCAAGUCCAGCAAAGCUUUCGAGGGGGUCUCUCUAUUACACGUCAGGGGCACUAGGCUCAGAAAGGCCAGUGACCCCACUACAGCUUCUGGAUAGUGCUGUGCAUUUGCAUAUCGCCGAAGUUCCCUUGCUUUUGCACAUCCCCCCACCCCAUAAUGUCGGUGCAGGAGUUGUGGGGGUGCUCAUUAAUCUUACAGAACUGGUUUUGAGACAGAAAGAAGUGAAGCAGGAGCUUGAGCUCCUCUCGAACAUGGGAAAGCCGUUUUCUCUCAGGGUGCCUGUGGCCGCAUCAGGGAGAUGGCAUGGCAGCCUCCUGGGAGCUGACAGAGCAGGAGCACACGAAUUGUCUGUGCUCACAUUCAGGCCCUGGCCUAAAGCCAUCUAGCUGGCAUUUCCCUAAUGACUGAGUUAUUCCAUGCCUCUGUCAAAAAUACAUUUGUACAUUGGAUGCUAUCCAUACAACAUCAUGGGAACCUACUGUGAAGAGCCCAGUGCCCUCCACCCCUGAUGCAGGGGUCAUCACGACUUACCAGUCACAGCUGCCCUUUCUUGCCCACCACCCCACCAGUUCUCUCUUCUCAGCGGCUGGCAGCCUGUCGGGCAGCGGUUGUGAAGGGGGAAUGGGACUGCCUCCAGGAGUCUGUCUCUAAGCACCGCAGCCAAGGACUACAGUACCCUGCAAGUCCCCAAACCGUCCCCCUGGGAAAGGCAUCUUGCACACCUGAAGGGCUCCACUUGGCUGCAACCCACUGCCCAGCCCAAGUGAUGCCACUUUCCUCAGAGCAGACUCUCCGUGGACAUGGGAAUGAUCUCUCCAAGGACACAAUUUUUUCCCAGGUGUUUGUUUCCCCAUAGGCCAGUACACGGCAUCAAAGGGGGGGAGAUGGCAAAUUUUCUGGGACCUGCCCAGAACAUGUAUUCUCUGACAUUGCUAUGUUGUUACAAAACAAUAAAAGGGUUAACUUUAAA